GGCUCAAGAACCAGCAGAUACCACAGAGGCCAUGUAUAACUUAAGCUGUUACAACCCAGCGUCCUUCACUCUUGUUGGCAUACCUGGCUUGGAAAAGUUCCACAUCUGGAUUGGGAUUCCCUUUUGUGUCAUCUAUGUUGUGGCUAUUGUAGGCAACUGCAUUCUCCUCUACCUGAUUGCCAUGGAGCAGAGCCUCCAUGAGCCUAUGUUUAUAUUCCUGUCCAUGCUGGCCAGCACAGACCUCAUCUUGUCCACUGCCACUGUGCCCAAACUGCUCAGUAACCUUUGGUUUGGGUCCCAAGAAAUAACCUUCUCUGGUUGUCUCACUCAGAUGUUUUUCCUCCACUUCAGCUUUGUGGUGGACUCUGCUAUUCUGUUAGCCAUGGCAUUUGAUCGCUAUGUGGCUAUCUGCUUGCCCUUGAGGUAUAGCACCAUCCUGACUCCACAGGUGAUUGUCAAGAUUAUGGUGAGCAUCAUUGUGAGGAGCUUCUCAGUCAUCCUGCCAGAUGUUUUCCUGCUGAGGCGGUUGCCAUUUUGCAAGACUCGUGUCAUUCCUCACACAUACUGUGAGCAUAUAGGCGUUGCAAGGCUUUCCUCUGCAGACAUCUCUAUCAACAUCUGGUAUGGGUUUUCUGUUCCCCUCAUGACUGUAAUCUCAGAUGUCAUCCUGAUUGCAGUAUCCUACAUCUUCAUCCUCCGGGCAGUUUUUCUGCUCUCUUCCCAGGGUGCCCGCCAAAAGGCUUUGAGCACAUGUGGUUCCCAUAUCUGUGUCAUCCUCAUGUUCUACACACCUGCCUUCUUCUCCAUCCUCGCUCAUCGCUUUGGGCACAGUGUUCCUCGUAAUGUUCUCAUCUUAUUUGCCAACUUCUAUGUAGCCAUCCCUCCUGCUCUAAAUCCAGUUGUUUAUGGAGUGAAGACCAAGCAGAUCCAGGACAAAUUCCUUCUCUUCUUCUCUUUGAGAAAGACACAAUAAGUGUGUGCUGAAAGUUAAACUCAGGCAACGUUGAUCUGAUGAAACUUUUAAUUACCAUUUAUUUGAAACGUGGUCGUUCUACCAA